AUGCUUAGAAGCCAAGACGGCAAAGGUGGUGCGAGCUUAGUAACCAAGCCUAGAAAUAUUACAUUCAACGCCUGGCGGGUUAAAUUUCCAACCUUUACAGGCGGCAAAGAUAUUUUGUUUGGUAACUAUGGACCUGCCUGGAAGUACCACCGUAAACUCUUCACAACAGCUUUGCGCCAGUACCUCUCUGACAUUCCCUUGAUAGAAAAGCGAAUCACGACACAGGCCGAGAAACUAGUAGAGUUUAUAGAAAGACAAGAUGGAAAGCCUUUUGAUCCAGCAGAUUGCUUACAGCGUAAUGUUGCUGAUGUUAUUUGCGGCAUCACCUUUGGUGAAGGCUAUGACACAACCAAUCCAUAUUUGAACAGACUCUUAAAACUUAACAUACAAAUGAUGACGGACGCAGAUAAUAUUCAGUUGGUGAAGAUCUUAGAUUUCUUUCCAUUAGCAAAGCACCUACCCAUUAAGGCUUAUGAUCGCUUUUUCCAGCCCAUCUUUGAAAUGUAUGAUAUCAUCCGUAUGUUCUUGAGGGAGCGAGAAGAAAAUUUUGAUCCACAAAUUCCUGUGAAAGAUUUGAUCUCAGGUCUUCUGUAUGCCAGGGAUCAUGAUUCUAAGAAUGAUGAAGAGCGAGUAGCUUUUCUUUCUGAUGACUACUUGGUCACUAUCAUCGAAGACAUGGUUGCUGGCGGCUACGAAACCACAAGCACAACAAUGAAAUGGGCGAUAGCCUUCUUGGUCAAUUAUCCAAAGUACCUAGAAGAUAUUCAGGUUGAGUUAGAUGAAGUACUUGGCGGAAGGAACCCCAGUGUGGAAGACCGAGCCAAUCUGCCGCUUCUUCAGGCGACCAUCAUAGAAACGCUGCGAGCUGGAAACGUGGCGCCUCUUUUACUGCCUCACGUCACACUUGCUGACACGACACUCUGCGGCUACCGUGUUCCCAAAGAUACCAUUGUGUUUGCUGACGCGGAAUCUGUUCAUCUGGAUCCCAAAUGCUGGGAAAACCCAACGGUGUUUAACCCUUACCGUCAUAUCGACGAGAAUGGUAAGUUGAUCAUCAACCAGAGCAACUAUUACCCUUUUGGAGCGGGACGUCGGGCCUGCGUUGGGGAAGCCCUGGCUAAAGUUGAGCUGUUUUUGUUUCUCUCGUGGCUGUUUCAGAAGUUCACCUUCAUCGCUGAAGAAGAUGGUCGUCCACCAAGGUUGAAAGGAAUAUUUGCUGACACCCAGUAUCCCGUUCCUUACAAGAUACGUGCAAUAAAACGGAAAUGAACUAGCAUUUUUAUGCACCGGGGUACUGACCGGGAUUUGAAAAGUAAGCCAUUUGCCUUAUGAGUGACUUGGUACUUUUAGAAAAUAGCGUUUCUACUGGCUGUAAAUAGACGGAUUCGGCUAACGUGUGCACAUUCUUGUUGCCACCCAAUUCAGGUCGUGUGAUAAUUCAUUUGGGAGGUUACAACCGUCUUUUUGUACAUAUUCCCUUGCAAGCAGUUACGUGUGACAAAUUGCACAAUUGUUCCCUCUCAAUGUGAUCUAAAUUGGGUGCCAACAAGGAUGAAAACACGUUGACGUAAUCCGUAUAUUAGCUUGUCUUAUGUUUCCUUUUUUUAGAGAAGUGUUAGCUCAAUACCUCGUGUCGAAAAAUACAUCGUGGCGGUCAUCGUGGUGAAUACAUCGUGGCGGCUUUACAUUUUACCACCACAGUACCUUGCCAACCUGAUAAAAUAUAAAAGCCAUGCUUUUGUGAGUUCGUCCCUUUACUAAUUAACAAUUAUUCGCUGAAGGUGAAGUGAACAUUGGUGAAUAUUUACCGAGAAGAAAAUAACAGACUAAAAUGAGGAAACACGGACGUAACUGUUAACCGUAGUAAUCGAUUGUGAAUCAAUUUACUCAU